CAUAACUUUUCUCUUCCUGYCUGGGCAAAUACMAGCAUCUUGAAUACUUUGAAAAAAAUAGCUGAUUUUCAAAUGGGCUGGAGUUUUCACACUGAAGACAUAUCAAGGCUUUCUAGUGGGCCGUUGCUUGGAGAAAUGAUUGAGCACAUGAAAAGCUACAAAAAAGCCAAAGCCAAAGAUAGCAUCAAUAAAGCCUAYCUUUACUCUGCUCACGAUACAACAGUGACGGGUCUUCUAAGUGUCCUGGGCUUGUUUGAUGGGCAUUCUCCUCCAUAUUCUUCAGCAGUAUUGGUUGAGCUGUAUUCAUCAGAUACUCCUGG